AUGGUACAUUUGUCCAGAAUGUUGCCAUCUGAAUCAACUAAUUUUCUCCUUUCAGUUCAUUUAUGUCUACAAAUCACGGGAUGUGAUGCUGAUGGUAAAAGAGGAGUGCCUGAGGAUACUUCUUGCUCAGAGCCUGAGAGGAAUCCCCACAUCUUCAGUCCCUCAUCAGAAACCACCCUAGGUGCACAUGUGACAAUAGAGUGCAGCUCAAACAGUUGUCUGCCAAUUAACUUUGUAUUAUUUUUAAAUAAAUCUACACAUGCUGGAGGUAUGAGCAAGACACACAAAAAAGUUAUAUUUAACCUCACUAUCAACUCCAUCAAUGAACUGGGUGAAUAUAAAUGCAAAACAAAUACUACCAAAGGCAGAUACAGUUCUGGUUUCAGCUUUACCUUAAGAGAACAGAAGAAAAAUGUGGGAGUACCCAUCGUGUUACUUUCACUUAUGUUGCUGGUGUUGGUGAUAAUAGGUUUAGCAAUUCUGCUGCUGAUCCUUUUUCGGCGUAAAGCAAGGAAACUAAGGAAGGCCUGUGCAUCUGCUCGUUCCAUUACAGCAAAUUACCCAGACUCAGAAAACUGUCCAACUUACGACGAUACUGCGUACAGAAAAAAUGAAGAAAUUGUGUAUUUCAACGUUAUGGCAAAUAUGGAAAACAACGGAAAUGUCAUCCAAAGUGAGGAAUCUACAGUGACCUACGCUGAAGUUAUCAUCAGAAGAUAAAAGAGAACUCAGACCUGAUACCUGUCCUCUCAUCAUAAUACAAUCAAAAACAAAGCAGCUUUUACCAGGAGUUCUAAACUACCUGUAACUAAUUUGUCUCCAAUCUGCUGUGUGAUUUCAAUAAAAUCUGAAUAGGACCAACAGAAAUCAAAGCAACAAAUAGCAAUUUUACUAAUUUCCCAAUGGACUUACUUUUUUGCACAAACAGAAUGCAAAACUAAUUAUACAGACGAGAUUUCAGAUUAUGUCAUUUAUACAUUUUUAUUUUGCAAAUGGACACAAUUAAUUUGGCAAAGUACAGUUUGGAAUGCCUCACUUUCAGCUGAUAGCAGUGUAACUGGACAUAACCCACCCAUAACCGACAAGCAUGUGGUACAGAGAAAGACAAGAUGCGUUGAGCAACAAUACUUUAAUCCUUUCUAUCUAAAGAUGCUAAUAUAUUGUGACAGAGUAGUUCUUUUUUAGGUUAAUGGCAAUCUCUGAAGAGAAGCAUAAUUUGGCUUGCUUACUCCUGUUUACUUGAGAUAUGGUCCUAUAACAUCAUGGUGAAUGUGG